AUGCCCGUCCCCAUUGCCGCCGCAGCGGCAGCCGCCGGCGCCGCCGCCAGCGCCGCCGCCUAUCUCAACGCCAAAUACCAUAUCGCGCACGACCUGCGUGGCGAGCUGCUGGCGCCCGUGGCCGCCGCCUACGUCGCCAUGCGCUCGUACAAGAAGCGGCUGCUCAACCACCACGUGCUCGAGGAGCAGGCCGCACGCCAGCCCGACCACCCUUUCCUGAUCUUCAACGCCGCGGGCGGCGACAACAGGCGCGAGUGGACCUACGCCGAGUUCUUGCACGACGUCCGCCGGGUGGCGAAUUGGCUGAAGGACGAUUUGGGUGUUGCGGUCAGCGAGAUCGUCGCGCUCGACGGCGAGAAUAGCCCUGAGUACAUGCUUCUGUGGUUUGCGCUCGAUGCCAUCGGUGCCGUGCCCAGCUUCAUCAACUGCAACUUGACCAGCAAUGCGCUGGUGCAUUGCGUGACGCUCUGCAAAUGCCGCUACCUGCUGUGCGAUGUCGAAACAAAGCCAUUGGUCGAGCCGCACGAGGCUGAACUCCAACAAUCCAACAUCCGCACCCUCUACUACACCCCCACCCUCCUCACCACCCUCACCACCCCCUCCACCCCCAUCCCCGCCCUCCUCACCUCCCCCCUAACCCCUCACUCCCUCCGCGCCCUCAUCUACACCUCCGGCACCACCGGCCACCCCAAAGCCACGCAAAUCUCCACCCUCCGCGACCUCCUCACCGGGCACAUGGUCGCGCACGCCCUCCACCUCACCCCCUCCUCCCGCAUGUACACCUGCAUGCCGCUGUACCACAUCGCGGCCCACAGCCUGUGCACGCUCGCGCUCCUCCACGGCGGCGGCACCGUCGUCCUCGCGCGCCGCUUCUCGCACCGCACCUUCUGGCCGGACGUGCGCGCCGCCCGCGCCAACGCGAUGCAGUACGUCGGGGAAUUGUGUCGGUACUUGAUGAACGCGCCGGCGGACCCGGUGGGGGAUAGGAUGCACGAGGUGCGGUUGGCCUGGGGGAACGGGAUGCGGCCGGAUGUGUGGGAGGGGUUCAGGGAGAGGUUUGGGGUGGGGGAGGUGGCGGAGCUGUAUGGCGCGACGGAUGGGUUGGCGGGGAGCGUCAAUGUCAAUAGGGGGGUUUUUACGAGGGGGGCGUUGGCGCUGAGGGGGCGGGUGUGGCGGUGGAGGAAUGGGGGGAGGUCGGCGAUUGUGAGGGUCGAUGCGGAGGGGGAGGUGGUGAGGGGGGAGAAGGGGUGGGCGGUGGUGUGUGAGGAUGGGGAGGCGGGGGAGUGGUUGCAGCGGAUGGAUAGGCGGAUGCCGGAUGAUGGGUUUGCGGGGUAUUUUGGGAAUCCGGAGGCGGGGAGGAAGAGGAAGUUGGAGGGCGUGUUUGAGGAGGGGGAUUUAUGGUUCCGCACCGGCGACAUGCUCCGGCUCGACUCGGAAGGCCGCCUCUUCUUCGUCGACCGCCUCGGCGACACCUUCCGCUGGAAAGCCGAAAACGUCUCCACCAACGAGGUCGCCGAUGUCGUUGGGGCCUUCGCCCAGGUCGCCGAGGCCAACGUGUACGGUGUCGCGGUCCCGCAUGCCGACGGCCGCUGCGGUGCGACCGCCAUCACCUUCGUCGACGGCGUCACCGGUGCAGACGGUUUCGACUUCAAAGGGCUGGCGGACCACGCCGUCCGCUCGCUGCCGCGCUACGCGGUGCCCGUGUUCGUGAGGGUUACGCCGAAGCUGGAUUAUACGGGGACGCUGAAGAUGCAGAAGGGCAGGUUGAAGGAGGAGGGCAUUGAAGUUGGGAAGGUGGAGGAGAGCGGCGAUCAGUUGUACUGGUUGCCGCCGGGUGGAGAUUGCUAUGUGCGGUUUAGGGAUGAGGACUAUGCGCGGAUCAAGAGCGGGGAGGUGAAGCUGUGA